GCGGCCGCUGUCCCAGGGUGCUGUGCGGCUGCCGCGCGACCUCUGCGCGCGCAGGCGGGCUGGCGGAGGCAUGGCGACGGUGCGGUCGUUGCUAGGCCGGGCCGCGACUGUCGUCACCGGCGCGCACCGGGUCCUCAGGGCCUGCGGUGUCGGCUCGGCUGAGAAAUGCUUCUCCAGGGGGAUCAGCACGGAUGAGGCCCCGAAGCGGCCUCUGACCGGCUAUUUACGCUUCUUAGUAGAAAACCGUCCAGUUUUCAAGCAGAAAAACCCAGAAAUAAACAGCAAGGAGCUGCUAAUAAAAAUGGCAGGUGCUUGGAGGGAGUUACCAGCAUCACAGAAGCAGGUUUAUGAGGAAGCUAGCAAGACAGAAUGGCAAAGAUAUGAAAAAGAGAUGGCUGCAUAUAAAGCACAGCUAACUCCAGCCCAGGCUGCAGCUUUGAAAGAAGAAAGGAGUAGACAACAAGCAAAAAGAAGAUCACGGAGGAUAAAAAGAGAAUUGACUGUGCUUGGAAAACCUAAAAAACCUCGAAGUGCCUUUAACAUUUUUGUGUCAGAAAAGUUUAAAGCAAGUGAGGGAAUUUCGUCUACGGCAAAGCUGAAGAAAUUACAUGAUAUGUGGCAAAACCUGUCCAGUUCCCAAAAGCAGCCAUACAUGCAGCUUGCUGAAGAUGAUAAGAUUCGGUAUGAGAAUGAAACAAAGCUGUGGGAAGAAAAAAUGAUUCAACUUGGACGUGAAGACCUUGUCCGUUUCAGACAGAAAAACCCAAAAAAGAAAACUGCUGAAACUGCAAAGAAAGCUGAACCAGUCAAAGCUUCCUCACAUGAACAGAAGGUGAAACUGAAGUUAAAAAAAUCAGAAGAAUAAAAUGGUCAGGAAUUUUUAUAUUUUAAUCCCCUUUGGUUGUCAUGUCGUCAUUGUGCCGUGUUAAUGCUGCAGUCAGCAUUAGCACUGAAAUUUGGAAAACACAUGAAGGGCCCUAUGGAGAAGGAGGAAAGGUGAUAAGGUCAGAGAGGAUUCAGUGUCCCUCAGAACUGACUGAAAUAAUCAUUGCAGGCAUAGCCUGAACUGUACAACAAUAACUGGUUAAUCAAGCUGUGAAUAGUGAUACCCACUGGCAUCAGCAGAGCUCUCCAGCAAUGGUAGAUAACAGCUAUAGCUUUUAUAUUUUUUUUAUAAAAGCAACAAUAUUCUACGAUGUUACCAUCUAAAUUCUGUAAAUAAGAGCUGAAGUUAAUGCUGCUGUGUUUUAUUCCCUCCAUGGUAACGGUUGUGAAAUGUUCCACAUUUCAGCAGAAGGUGCAAGAAAGGUAAAAUGCUAACUUUUAUUUCAUGCAUCUGACUUUUUGUACCUAUCGGCUUGUGUAUACUACUUGCGUUGCAUUUAAUUAAAGACCAGAUGAGUUUUGUAUAAACAUAUCUUUAUUGGGCUUUUAUUCCAUGGUUUCGUUUGGACACAAGCAAACACUUUUGCCUUCCUGUUGUCACAUCUGGGACUGCCUGGAAGGAACAGAAAAUGUGUGAAAGGUUGGAACAUGGAAUUUCAAAUGUAAUAAACAGGAAUUUUCAAGA